AUGAAUACUUUUGAAUUGAAUUUGAAUGGUCGUUGCCAUCAUCAUCAACCAUCUUUACCGGAAGGAGAAUUGAAUUCUUCUUCAUCCAUGGCUUUGAAUUACUCCCUCCCUUCCCAGCAGCAGAUUCUCGACAACAAAUGCCACCCAUCAUCAACGCACCACCAUCCUUUAUCAUCAUUCCCACAAUAUGAAGACUCUUCAGACUCGUCGUCGUCAUCAUCAUCGUCUGUGGACAUCUCUUCACUCUUGCAUGAUUUCAAUGGUCAUAAUGAUUUGGAAAGUCAAAUGCAAACGAAUUUCAUUCCGAAAGAGUCAAAUGACCGCCAACCAACGAGCACGAUGCUAAGCAACGACGACCUACAACUCGCCAAGUAUUAUGAAGUAUCAUCAAUAACAACAACUACUACUACUAGUAGGAUCAACAAUCAAACACCUCCUUCAACUCUACCACACAGGGCCAAACAUUUAUUACUAAUUAUGGAAAAUAUCAUUAUUUGGUUGUUUAAAAGUAUAGUUUUUCCAUUAAUUUCUUGGACAACUCUACCUAUUGCCAUUUAUUUUCUAUUGAUGGCCAAUUUCCAAAGGAUAGCAUUCAAGUACAUGUACAGCUCAGAAGGAGAAUUUUUCAACCAAGUCGAUUUUGACAUCAUUCCACGAAUUGACAAAACGUUAAUGUUUGGUUUAGGAAUGCCUCACUCCAUCUUGGCCAACAUUUAUCACCCUGUGCUUGAUUUCUUUUUCGCCAUUCCCUAUUUAAAUCACUUUGUUUUUCCAUUAGCUUUUUAUCCAUUAAUAUUUUGUGUCUUGCUGUGGAAACCCAAUCGAGACUAUUUGAAGCUCAAAGUGGUAAUUCCAUUGGUGACCAUGAUUAAGGAAAUAUUCCAGAAAAAUCGAUCAAGUGAGGGCACGAAUAAUGAACACAGCAACAAGGAACACUCAGAAGUAGUUGUGAAUGAGGCACCCAUUCAAUCGUACAGCUCGCAUCGUGGACAAAAUGAUGAGACAAGCUCCAAACCAACACCUCAAAUUUCCAACUACAAACUCAAAUGUUUUGUUCUCUCACUUGGAAUUAUUUCACUUAUUCAAAUAGGUUUUUGUUUCUUCUUUCCAACAGCUCCACCUUGGUUUCGAAGUAAUAGUUUAAUGUAUGAGGAAUAUUACAAUCAAUUUGGAAGUGAAUUGACGAAGAGUUCUCCUCCUGUACUCUCAGUUUAUGCUCCAGAAGCUCGAUUUGAAAUGAUUGACAAAAUUCUAGGUGUUGAAAUAUUUGGAGAAAUUUAUGGAAAGGGAACUAUUAAAUUUGGGGCGUUUUAUAGUUUGCAUGUGGGAUGGACAGCAAUUAUUGCAUUUAUUGAGCUCUAUGUGGUGUUUUCUGAGAAUCAUGAUGGACGAGACGAGGACACAGAAAAUGAAGAUUUGCAACAAAUAGGAUGCUUUUCAUUUAUGCGGAGUGUGUGGUGUUGUCAAUCUUUUCGAAGAAAUUCGAACAAGUGGAGUUUUAUUCAAAUUUUCAUGCUUGAAUAUUUAUUGUGGAUUUUUAUUGCAUCUAUUUAUUCAGCACAUCACUACAUGAUUGAUGGAUUGGUUGCUAUCAUUCUCGCCUUCAUUAUUGUCAAACUUGUCACAAAAUAUUUAGUGAAAGAUGACACUAAGUGA